AUGAGCGACCCCCUGGGCGAGGGACCGCCGAGCAAGCGGUCCAAAUUCGGCGAGUCGUACGGGUGUGGUCUCGGCGACCCAGGAGGAAAUGACAUGGGUCUGUCGUCUUUCGACCUGGAACUGUCACUGCCGGACGAGUUGAUGGGCGGCCUGGAGAGCAGCGGUCCGGUGUCGGCGCCCGCGCCGGCGCCGGCCUACUCGCAGUACAGUGGCUCGCCGGGCGUCAACGGCUCGCUCGACUCGGCUGCCAUCCACCAGAUGAUGGCCAACAAGCAGCAGCUGGUGCUGGGUGGCGUGGCCGGCCUCCAGUCGCCGCCCGGUGCCGUCGUCUCCAAGUCGCCCGGCCUCGGGCCCAUGUCGUCCAUGGCGCAGCACGUCUCCAUGGACGGCGGCCUGCUGGGCACCAUGACCAGCUCCAUGAGCCGGCUCUCCGGCUCGCCGCUCGCCGCCAUGUCCGUCACCAACUCGAUGUCACACUCGAUGGGUGGAGGUGUGUCAAUGAGCACCAGCCCGCAGCCGGCCGCUCCGCCUGGUGGGGCCGCACCGCCCGGGGGCCGCGCGCCGCCCUCCACCGGCGACCCCGAGAAGCGCAAGUUGAUCCAGCAGCAGCUGGUGCUGCUGCUGCACGCACACAGGUGCCAGCGCCGAGAGCAGGCCGGCGGCGACCAGCAGGAGUGCACGCUGCCGCACUGCCAGACGAUGAGGGACGUGUUGAACCACAUGACGUCGUGCCAGGCGGGCAAGGCGUGCACGGUGCCGCACUGCGCCUCGUCGCGACAGAUCAUCUCGCACUGGAAGAGCUGCCCCCGCAACGACUGCCCCGUGUGCCGGCCUCUGAAGGUGGCCGAGAGCCGCAAGGCGCGUCCGCCGGGCGCGCCGGCCGGCCCGGUGCCGCCGCAGCAGGCGUCCCCGCAGCCGCCGGGCCCGCCGCCGGUGGCCGUCAGCCAGUACAGUCCGGCGGCGAGCCUGGCGCCGCCGCCGCAGCUGACCGGCGCCGUGCCGCCCGGCCAGGUGGGUGCACCGCCGAUGGCCGCCAACCCGCUGAAGCGGCCGCUGACGCCGCAGCAGCAGCAGCAGCUGCUGGGACAGCUGUCGGCUGCCUCGCCGGGCGGUCUGCCGGCCGACCAGCAGCAGCUGGGGGUACCGGCCGGCAUGCAGGGCAGUCCGGCAGCCGGCGGGGGCAGCAGUCCGUACCUGAUGAACCGUGGCGACGGGGCGACUAACAACUGGAGUGGUGACAAUCACCAGGAGAACGCUAACGCCACGAUGGGUGGUACCGGCCAGUAUAACGCGAGGACACCCGACCCCAUGCUGCCUCUGCCGGUGAACGACUCGAAGGAGUGGCACAUGCAGGUCACACCCGACCUGCGCUCGCACCUCGUCCGAAAACUAGUUCAGGCCAUCUACCCGACGUCUGAUUUCCACGACGAGCGGCUCCAGAGUCUGGUAACGUACGCCAAAAAGGUGGAGGCCAACAUGUACGAGACGGCCGUCUCUCGCUCCCAGUACUACCACCUGCUCGCCGAGAAGAUCUACAAGAUCCAGAAGGAUCUGGACGAGAAGCGGCAGCGGCGCCAGGCGGCCGGCGCCGCCGCGGCCGCCGCGGGGGUCCGGCCGCCGGGUCCGGUGUCGGCCGCCGGUCCGCAGGGCGCGCCGCCACCGGGCGCUGUGCGGCUGGGCGGCGGCAGCGUGUCGCUGGCCGGCCUGGUGCAGCGGCCCAGUCAGCUGCAGCAGCAGGGCGGGCUGCUGGGCGGCCCCGGCAGGCUGCCGGUCAUGUCCAGCGCCGGCGCCGGCGGCGGGCUGGGCCUGCCGCCCUACAGCUCCAGUACACCCACCGCGUCCGUGGCCAACUCCAGCCUGAGCUCGCAGAUGUCGACCCUCGGCCUGCCGCACCAGCCGCCCAUCGCCAGCUCGGCGCCCCAGGCGCUCGACCAGAACCGCCUCGGACAGCCGGUGUUUAUCCAAAAACAGUUCAACGGCCUGCCGGAGGUGUCGGGCGGCCAGCAGCUGGGCCAGCCGGGACCGGGCUCGGUGGGCCCGCCGCCGCAGCUGCCCCAGGCCAGUGUGGCCGCCUCAGUGGCCGGCGGCCUGGUGGACCCGUUCUCACAGCUGCGCUCCACGCCGCAGCCGACCUCAGUCGCCAUGAUGCCCCCGCAGACGAGUCUCGCUCAGGGAAACGCGGCGUCCAUCAAGAUGGAACAGGGGAACUCUGCGUUCGAUAAUCUCCUUCGGGACGCAUCUCUUCAGCAGCAGCAGCAGCAGUUGCAGCCUCCGCAGCAGCAGUCGUUACAUCAACAACAGCAGCUACUGCAGCAGGACCAGCAGCUAACGCCGCAGUCGCAGCUGCAGCAGCAGCAGCAGCAGCAGCAGCAGCAGCAGCAGCUCACCCCGCGGCCGACGUCGCUGCAGAUCAAAGCCGAGCCGUGCGAGCCUCCUGCGGAGAUCAUGGACAGCCAGUCAGAGCCUCCCGGGUCGUCUGUGAAACAGGAGCCGGGCGACUCGAGCCAGGACGGCCUCGACAAACCCAGCUGGCAGGCCAACUCCGUCAAAUCCGAGCCGAUGUCUGUGAAGGAGGAGCCCGGCUCGGUGGGACCGCCGCCCCGGCACGACUCCCAGUCAGCCUCCACUCCUGGCGAGAGCGCACCGUCGGCGUCCGGCGCUGGCACGCCCAAACCGGGACGCAAGCCGCCCAAGGCCCUGUUCUCUCCGGACGAGCUGCGCCAGGCUCUGAUGCCCACGCUGGAGAAGCUGUACCGCCAGGAGCCCGAGUCGAUCCCCUUCCGUCAGCCGGUGGACGCGGGAGCGCUCGGCAUCCCCGACUACUACGACAUCAUCAAGAACCCCAUGGACCUGUCCACCAUUAAACGGAAGCUGGACACAGGGCAGUUCAAGGACCCGUGGGAGUACGUCGAGGAUGUCUGGCUCAUGUUUGACAACGCCUGGAUCUACAACAGGAAGACGUCGAAGGUGUACAAGUACUGCACUAAGCUUUCGGAGAUCUUUGAGCAGGAGAUGGACCCGGUGAUGCAGCGCAUGGGCUACUGCUGCGGCCGCAAGUACACCUUCCAGCCGCAGGUGCUUUGCUGCUUCGGCCACUCGCUCUGCAGUAUCCCGCGCGAUGCCAAGUACUUCAGCUACCAGAACCGCAUCACCUACUGCGUCAAAUGUUUCAACGAGAUCCAGGGUGACACGGUCAACAUUGGCGAGGAUCCUAGUCAGCAAUCCAUGUCGAUCAAGAAGGAGGCGUUUGUGGAGAUGAAGAACGACAACUUUGAGAAGGAGGCAAUGGUGGAGUGCGCCGACUGCGGCCGCCGGCUGCACCAGAUCUGCGUGCUGCACAUGGACGCAAUAUGGCCGCAAGGGUUUACCUGUGAUAAUUGUUUGAAACUGAAGGGUGCAAAACGGAGGGAGAAUAAGUUCAACGCCAAGCGUUUGCCGGCCACCAAGCUGGGCUCCUACAUCGAGAAUCGGGUGAACAGCUACCUGAAGAAGAAGGAGUCCGGCGCCGGCGAGGUGUUCAUACGGGUCGUCUCCAGCGGGGACAAAGUGUGCGAGGUCAAGAGUGGCAUGAAGGCUAGAUACUGUGAUAACGACGAGAUGCCGUACAAGUUCCCCUAUCGGGCGAAGGCGCUCUUCGCCUUCGAGGAAGUGGACGGCCACGACGUCUGCUUUUUCGGGAUGCACGUUCAGGAGUACGGGUCGGACAGUCCGCAGCCGAACCGGCGCCGGGUCUACGUGGCCUACCUGGACUCGGUGCACUUUUUCCGGCCGCGCCAGUUUCGCACUGCCGUCUACCACGAGAUCCUACUGGCGUAUUUGGACUACGUCAAACAGCUCGGGUACACAAUGGCGCACAUCUGGGCGUGCCCGCCGUGCGAGGGCGACGACUACAUCUUUCACUGCCACCCGCCCGACCAGAAGAUCCCCAAGCCCAAGCGGCUGCAGGAGUGGUACAAGAAAAUGCUCGACAAAGGCAUCUACGACCGCAUCGUCAUGGACUACAAGGAUAUCAUGAAGCAGGCGGCUGAGGACGGCGUACAGGCGCCGUGCGAGCUGCCCUACUUCGAGGGCGACUUCUGGCCGGGGAUCUUUGAGGAGAGUAUCCGCGAGUUGGACCAGGAGGAGGAGGAGAAGCGCAAACAGCUGGAGGCGGAGGAGGCGCGCGCCGCCGCCGAGCCCGAGGCCCAGAGCCCCGCGCCCGACGGCAAGAAGAAAGGCGCCAUGAAGAAACAGAACAAGAAAAACUCCAAGUCCAAGUCCAACAGCAAGAGCAAGUCGAAAAAGUCCAGCUCGAGCUGCAGCGACCUGACGGCCAAGGUGUUCUCGCUGAUGGAGAAGCACAAAGAGGUGUUUUUCGUGGUGCGCCUGCACUCUGCCCAGUCGGCGGCCAGCCUGCAGCCGAUCCAGGACCCCGACCCGCACAUCGCCUGUGAGCUGAUGGACGGCCGUGAUAACUUUCUGAGCAUGGCGCGCGAGAAGCACCUCGAGUUCUCGUCGAUGCGCCGCGCGCUGGCCGCCACGCAGCACAUGCUGUAUGAGCUGCACAACCAGAACCAGGAGACGGUCGUCUACACGUGCAACAAGUGCAAGACUAACAUCGAAACACGCUACCACUGCACGACAUGCGAGGACUACGAUCUCUGCGUCUCCUGCUACCAGAAGGACCGGCACCCGCACCGAAUGGAGAGGCUCGGCUUCGACCUGGACGGCGGCUCGCCGGAGCGCGGUCAGAACACACCCGAGGUGCGCCGCCAGUCGCUCGAGCGCUGCAUCAAGUCGCUGGAGCACGCGUGCACGUGCCGGAACGCCAACUGCGGCCUGCAGGGCUGUCUGCGCAUGCGCAAGAUUGUCACGCACACGAAAAGCUGCCGCAAGAAGGGCAACGGCGGGUGUCACGUGUGCAAGCAGCUGCUGGUGCUGUGCUACUACCACGCCAAACAGUGCAAGGAGGACAAGUGCAUGGUGCCCUUCUGCAGCAGCAUCAAGUCGCGGCUGGCGCAGCAGCAGAUGCAGGCGCAGGUGCAGCAGAAGGCGCUGCUGCAGCGUCGGAUCGCCCAGAUGCGCUCCGUCAACGGCGGCUCCAUGGCGGCCUCGGUACAGGCGGCCUCUGCGCAGCCGUCGCCGGCCGGCGCGGGCGCUGCGGCUCCCUCGCCGGCCGGGCCCGGCGUGCCGGACGGCGGCAUGGUCGGCAAACAGUCGCCGGCCCAGCCGGGGCCGCCGGCCAACGUGCUGAUGGCGCUCAAACAGGUGCAGGAGGCAGCGGCGCGCCAGCACGCGCCGCAGACGGCCGUCAGUUACGGCAAGAACAACCCGCCGGCGGGCGGCCUGACUCAGCAGCAGCAGCUGCAGCUGCAGAUGAGACAGCGUCUGCCGCUGCAGCUGGCCCAGCAGCAGCAGGGCGCCAGGAUGCAGCCGCCCGGCGCGGCCGACUGGGGAAACAGGUUCUCUGGGAAGCCCGGGGCGGUGUCUCCCCAGCAGCCGGCGCCGCCUCAGUCCUCUGUCGGGGGUGGCUCGCCGCUGCGCCAGCCGGGUCCGGUGGCCGCCGACGGGCCGAUGGUGCGCCCGCCCGGUCAGCCGGCCGGCGUCGGGCCGCGCUCCAACACCCCCAGUCUGCAGGAGCUGCUGCAGAGCCUGAACCCGGCGUCCGGGCCGCAGGCGCAGCAGGACGUCCUCCAAAUACUUAAGUCGCACCCGCAGCUCAGAGCUGAGCUCUUCAAGCUGCAGCAGCAGAAACAGCAGCAACUUCAGCAGCAGCGGCAGCAACAACAACAGCAGCAGCAACAGCAGCAGCAGAUGAUGCAGCCGGGAAUGCAGCAGCAAGCUCGUAUGCCAGGUGUGGUGAGUCAGGGACAGCAGCACAUGACUCAGCAGCAGUACAUGGCCAUGCAGCAGCACCAGCAGCAGCUGGCCCUGCAGCGCCAGCAGCAGCAGCAGCAGCAGCAGCAGCUGGGCUUCCAGCAGAACCAGGCGCCUCCGUACGGUCAGCAGCGCUCGCGGCCGCCACAUCCGAUGGGUUUGCAGCAGCAGCAACAGCAGCGUUUCCAGACGGACAGUCCGCAGUACGGACCGCCGUACUCGCAGCAGCAGCAGCAGCAGCUGCUGAUGCAGCAGCAGAUGAAGGCCAGUCCGCAGUCGGUGUCGCCGCACCAGAGCCUGCUGGGCGGCAUGGCGGUGCCGUCGCCGCAGCAGAUGCUGCAGCAGGUGGUGUCGCCGCCGCCGGGCGGGCUGGGCGCCGUCCGCUCGCCGCAGCCGCUCAGCUCGCCGCGUCAGACGCUGGGCGGCUACCACGCGGCCUCGCCACACCGGCCGGCCUCGCACUCGCCGCACCCGGGCUCCAUGGGCGGACACGGCCUGUCGGCCACCCCGGAGCUCGGCACCAACGAGAUGCUGCUCUCGCAACUGACGGGCGUGUCGGCGCCCGGCCACGGCGGACUUCAGCUGCCCGGCCACCCGUCCGCCGGCGCCGACAACGCCGACAAACUCUCAGAGUUCGUCGACACUUUGUAGCGCCGACGGCGGAUCGUGAUACAUGGUGUGAUAUUUGUAGCUGUUAGUGGGCGUAUGGCUGUGCUGUUCCCGUUGGUUGGCGGACCGGGCUGGGCCGCCCGGCCCGGCGGUGUGCUGUCGGUGCUCGCCGGGCCGGGCCGAGCUGCCGCCCGCCCGUCCGCCGCGCGCGCGUUCGUGGUCGCAUUUGUUGUACAUAGCGCAUUGCCGAUAUUUUAUUGGACAGUUGAUAAUCAUGUUGUUCACGUUGAUUUAUUGUACAAAUGGCGUCGUGUUUUCUUUUUUACUAUUUAUGAUCGAAUUUUGAGAGCUGAGGCCGACGGCUCUGCGGCCAGUGCGACGCUGGGGCAUCUUAGCAUGUGACAUUCCACCAAAGUUCGUAUUCCGCUGGCCGGAUGGUGACGUGAGCCGCGGCGCCUGGCGCGGCGCGGCCACUUGUUAGAGGUGGUUACGAGUCGACUGCCCCCGAGUGUGUGCGAUUCUGUACAUGCUGUAUAAAGUUUUCGUCCUUUUUUACCGGGGUAAUCAGUACAAAAGGUGAUCAUUACCCUAGUGCUAUCAUCUCGUAACAUGAUCAUUGUAAUAAAAUCUAGUAAUGAAGUCA